AUGGUGGGUGCUUUGUUUGUUGUUGGCUCAUCGGUGAUGGAUUCGCCGACCAGUCCAUGUUUAUGCCUGGAUGCUCACACGAGGAGCUCUCCGAGCAGGAAGAAGAUCCUUGGGAGUGCAAGAAAGCUGGAAUUAGGAAGCUCUUUUACUGGUUCAAGCAUUGUUUUUAGGCUUUCUUCGAAGCGUGUACCACGAAUUGCGAAUCGAAGGAGCAAAAAAAGGCUCUUGAUUGUCAAUGAGGACGUUGCUGGGAAUUACGAUGAUACCUUCGGGGAUGUCACAACGCAACUUGUUAAUUACUUCACAUACAAAGCUGUGAGGACGGUUCUUGUUCAGCUCUACGAAAUGAAUCCUCCCCAAUACACUUGGUUCUAUAACCACAUCAUAUCAAACAGACCAACCGAUGGCAAACGUUUCCUCCGCAUCCUGGGCAAGGUAAUAAGACCUUGUUUAGAGCUUGGUAUGAAAGAUAUCAACACGGCGAGAGAAAGAAGAGAGAGUCAGGAGCUUGCAGAAAGAGUGAUGAUCACGCGUCUCCACUUGUAUGGCAAGUGGAUCAAGAAAUGCGACCAUGGAAAGAUAUACCAAGAUAUAUCGGAUGAGAACUUGGCGUUGAUGCGUGAACGCCUGAUGGAGACCGUGAUAUGGCCUUCUGAUGACUCUAACUCAGAGGUCAUUGGCUGA